AUGGGUUCCUCGAAAAAGUAUUUUGGCCUACAGGGCCAGACCUUAGGUAGGCUGCAGAUGGCCCUCAUCGUCGCCCCUUCGUUCAUAUUAUUCGGGUACAACCAAGCGGGUAUCGGCGGACUGAUUACCGGAGAGGACUGGGUUAAGACAUUCCCCGAGAUCGAUACGGUUAAUGCCACAGCCGCGGACAAGAGCGCGAAGUCAACACUCCAGGGCUUUGUGGUUGCCGUUUUCGUCAUCGGCGCCCUCUUCGGCUCGCUGUCAUGUUCGUACACUGGUGACAAGUUCGGCCGCCGUAAUGUCAUCUUCGUCGCUGGCCUCUGCACUCUACUCGGCGAGAUCCUCGAAGCUUCCUCCUUCAGCCUUCCACAGUUCAUCGUGGGAAGGGUCAUCGUCGGCCUGGGUGUGGGCCAGCUGAGUUCCCUUGUCCCGGUGUGGCAGAGCGAGACGUCAGGUGCCAAAAACCGUGGCAGACAUGUUGUCCUAGAUGGUCUCUUCAUCUGCCUCGGUUACGUUCUCGAGUCCUGGAUCAACUUGGGUUUCUUCGAGUUCCACACUGGACCCAAGACUUGGCGACCACCCAUCGCUAUCGCGUGCUUCUUCUCACUCGUGCUGAUCUCAUCCAUCUACAUGUUUCCCGAAUCGCCCCGUUGGCUUCUCAUGACGAACCAGAAUGAGCGGGCUGUCGAGAAUCUGUCAAUCCUUCGCGGCCUACCUCGGGAUUCUCCAGAAGUCCGUUCCGAGAUGGAGGGUAUCGAGCUCUCUCUCGAGAUUACUAGUGAUGGCGGCGCGAAGAUUAGCCAGAUUCUUAAGAUGGGCGAAGACAAGCUCUUGUAUCGAUUUGGACUUUGCAUCCUCCUGCAAUUCUACCAGCAGAUGUCCGGAAGCAACCUCAUCAGCGUGUACGCUCCGAUCCUAUUUCAGGAGAACCUGCACCUAAGCAGCGAGAUAUCCAAGGUGCUGUCGGCGGGGGCCCUGACGUGGAAGUUUCUCUCAUCGUUCCUCGCAUUCGCGGCCAUCGAUCGCUUCGGGCGACGUGUAUGUUUCAUGGUGAGCGGUGCCGGCAUGUCGUGCUGCAUGAUCGCGCUCGCCGUCGCCACAUCGUUCCCCGAGUCAAACCGGUCCGCGCAGAUCGCUGCCGGGUGCUUCAUCUACCUGUACAACAUGUUCGUUCCCAUUGGGUUCCUGGGCGCCAAUUUCCUAUACUGCACCGAGGUCGCGCCCCUUAGGUUACGUAUGGCUAUGAGUUCGAUUUCUACAGCCAAUCAUUGGGCUUGGAACUUUGUCGUGGCUAUGGUGACACCCGUUGCCAUUUACAGCAUCGGCUGGCAGUACUACAUCGUGUUUGCGGUCAUUGCUGCCUGCGUGCCAGCAUCUGUGUACUUCUUCUAUCCGGAAACGAUGGGCCGCAGUCUCGAGGAGAUGGACCUCAUCUUCAAACAAUCACCAUCGGCCUGGGACACCGUUCGGUACGAGAAGCAGCUACGUAGCUGUGGCGGCGUGCCCCGCGAUCUCGAGGAGAAGAAAGGCGGUACGGAGCACAAGGUUGAGCACUCGGAGGGUUAA